UAUAUGUAUCAUUGACCCUGUUAAUGACAACAUAACAACAGGGUUGCCAUAUCUAAACUGUCAGUCUCCACUGGUAGCCAUUUGGACAGUUCGUUGAAAUGCCUAAUGCUGUGUUUGAAAAGUACCUCGUUUUGCUUCUUUUACUCGAUACCGCCCCUUUUGCUUCGUUUGCUCCAUUGCUGUGGUUUGCUCGAUGUCACGUGACCAAAAAAUCUACUCGAUCUGGUAUUUCAAACGUAGCAUAUUUAUCAGAUAGCAAGUCGCCGUUAAAUAGCUGCUUUUAAAAACACUGAACUGUAAAUAAAAAUUAAAUGGAAUUAAAUAAAAACAAUGAGUUCUACAGAAGAUUUUACUGGACAAAGAAAAACUAAUGUAGAAAACACUUUAUUUUUAAGAGGAACUAGAAGUGCUGUUAAAAAAAGACCUUUCUUUCCAAAGGAACUUAUAGCACCAUUGGUUCCAUUGGAUUUAAAUGCAAUUAGAAGAGAACUUUUGGAAGCCGAAAAGGAAGAAUCUGCUAAAUAUGCUGAAGAAAGCGAUUCAAUAAAAGAAAAUGGGGAAGACAUUUUAAAUUUGCCUUGUGAUAUUAAGACGAAGAAGGGCAUUGAAGCAAGCAAAGCAUCUAAAGAGAAUUUUCAACCUAUUAAAAAGGUAAUAUCAAGAGAGAAUAAUAGUUCUGAUUUGGUUUUUUCUCCUCUGUCUCUUCAGACACCAUGGAAGAAAUAUACUCCAUUUAAAAGGCCUGAUGCUAAAAAAAAUUAUUGUGAUGAAAAUGUAGAAAAUGACAGAUUUAAUAAAUUUCUAACUUCAACAAAUAAGAAAAUAAAUACUCCUAAAUUUAUUUCUACAUUCAAACAGGAGGAAAUAAUACCAGAAGUAAAUAAAAAUAAUAUUUUAUGUUCAAUACCAAGAAAAGUACCUGAAAAUAAUAUACAUAGUAAAAUUAUAAUUAACAAUGUUGAGUAUAUGGUCUUAAAUAUUCUUGGAAAAGGUGGCAGUGCCAUUGUUUACCAGUGUUUCUGUAUAGAGGAAAAGACUAUUGUUGCUAUUAAAUGUGUAAAUCUUGAAAAAAUCAAUAUGGCCCAGGAAUACAUUAAUGAAGUGAAACUUCUGCAGAGGCUUCAGAACUGUGACAGAAUUAUAAAAUUAUAUGCUUAUCAGUUUUUUGAAGGGGAAAAACAGCUAUUUAUGGUUCUAGAAAAAGGUGGUAAUGAUUUUAGUACAGUUUUGAAGAAUUUGGCUAGCCAGGAAAAGAAUAUUCCUUUAUAUAUGCUAAUUUUUUAUUGGAUGGAGAUGCUUUUAGCAGUUAAACAAAUACAUGAUAAUGGUGUAAUACAUUCAGACUUGAAGCCUUCAAAUUUCAUAUCAGGUAACAUGGGAUUAAAGCUUAUAGACUUUGGUAUCGCCUGUAGUGUUCAAAGUGAUAUGACAAGUGCUUUUAAGACUGUACCAGAAGGUUCUUGUAAUUAUAUGAGUCCAGAAGCUUUAAAUAAUGAUGCUAAUAGUCCCAGUAAAUCAAACUAUAAAUUACAUUACAAAUCUGAUGUGUGGUCGCUCGGUUGUAUUUUAUAUGAACUUGUUUAUAAGAAGACCCCAUUUCAACAUAUUAAGACAAUAUGGGUAAAAUUCUCUCAUAUUACAAAUCCACAGCAUACAAUCGAAUAUCCAGAAGCUAAAUGGUUGCCUCCCAAAGUUAUAGACACUAUUAAAAAAUGUUUGCAGUAUAAUGUUAGAGCCAGACCAUCAGUAGAUGAGUUAAUAGCAGAGUUUGAGAAUUUUUAGUGCAAUUUACUAAUUUUUAUGUUUUAUUUAAUUGUAAUGACAUUGAACAGUUUUAUAUAAAUUAUAUUUGGUUUUUUUUGCUUGGAUACUUGGACUUUUUCCAAUAUAUUAAAAUUUUACUUAAACAUACCACUUGCAUGUUACUUUCAUAUUAUUAUGGCCUUAUUAAGAAGUAAUUAUGCUCUCAAGAUAUCAAUCAAGCAAUUAGGUUCUAUUGCCAAAACUAAGACAGCUUAUUUAAUAUCAGCUAG